GCAGAGCGUCCUGGCCCGAGUAAACUGAGGAGCUGAGGCUGGACAAAGGGACACGCGGACAGACGACAGACGGAGGGCACGCCGGCCGCUGGACCCUGCUGCCUCCCCCUUUUCUCUGCCGCCGCUUGCACCCGGAGAAUGAGCCCAGCCUUCAGGGCUAUGGAUGUGGAUCCCCGCACCAAGGGCAUCCUACUGGAGCCCUUUGUCCACCAAGUUGGGGGCCACUCCUGCGUGCUCCGCUUCAACGAGACGACCCUGUGCAAGCCCCUGGUCCCGAGGGAGCACCAGUUCUACGAGACCUUGCCCGCGGAGAUGCGCAAAUUCACUCCCCAGUACAAAGGUGUGGUAUCUGUGUGUUUUGAAGAGGAUGAAGACAGGAAUUUGUGUUUAAUAGCAUAUCCACUAAAAGGGGACCAUGGACCUAUGGACAAUGUAGAUAAUUCAGAUUGUGAACCAAAAAGUAAGCUCCUAAGAUGGACAAACAAGAAACACCAUCUUCUAGAAAUGGAAAAGGCUUCCAAGGACUGGGUUCGCCAGCACCGAAAAGAAGAUAAGAUGAAAAGCCAUAAGUUAGAAGAAGAAUUUGAAUGGUUAAAGAAGUCUGAAGUCUUAUACUACAGUGUAGAAAAAAAAGGGAAUGUGAGUUCCCAACUUAAACACUACAACCCUUGGAGCAUGAAGUGUCACCAGCAGCAGUUACAGCGAAUGAAGGAGAAUGCAAAGCAUCGGAACCAGUACAAAUUUAUUUUAUUGGAGAAUCUGACCUCUCGCUAUGAGGUGCCUUGUGUCCUGGACCUCAAGAUGGGCACACGUCAGCACGGUGAUGAUGCGUCAGAGGAGAAAGCAGCCAACCAGAUCCGCAAGUGCCAGCAAAGCACAUCUGCAGUCAUUGGCGUGCGCGUGUGCGGCAUGCAGGUGUACCAGGCAGGCAGCGGGCAGCUCAUGUUCAUGAACAAGUACCACGGAAGGAAGCUAUCAGUACAAGGCUUCAAGGAGGCACUUUUCCAGUUCUUCCACAAUGGGCGAUACCUGCGCCGAGAGCUCCUGGGUCCUGUGCUCAAGAAGCUGACUGAGCUCAAAGCAGUGUUAGAGCGACAGGAAUCCUACCGAUUCUAUUCAAGUUCCCUGCUCAUCAUCUAUGAUGGUAAGGAGUGGCCCGAGGUGGUCCUGGACUCGGACGCUGAGGACUUGGAAGACCUGUCAGAGGAGUCGGCCGAUGAGUCUGCUGGCGCCUAUGCCUACAAACCUAUUGGCACCAGCUCAGUGGAUGUGCGUAUGAUCGACUUUGCACACACCACCUGCAGGCUAUACGGCGAGGACAGUGUGGUGCACGAGGGCAAGGACGCUGGCUACAUCUUUGGACUCCAGAGCCUAAUAGACAUUGUCACAGAAAUAAGUGAGGAGAGUGGAGAGUGAGCUUGCUGACUGCACUGGCACCUGAGACUCUAAACGUCCCCGGCACAGCUGUGCUGCGUCGGAAGCAACAGAGGAGGCCACGUGGCCAGGCGGUUGCCCCUGCAGCCUGGAGCUGACCCGCAGAGGCCCCUGUGAGCCCAGCCUGAGCCAGCCCUAGCCGUCCUCGGAGUCUAUUUAUUUUAACUGUUUCUUCAACAUUCCACAUCUGAUGAUGCAAAUACCUCUUUCUUCCCUGAGUGUAAACGUUCCAAUACAAAACUUUUUGUUAAUUGUA